GCUUAUCCACCUAUCUGAAGUUACUGGCUUCUGAAUGCAUACAGACAAAAUUCGGUAGUACAUUCGCUGAAAGUCACAGGGAUGUUUAUAUAUAUCACUGUUUUUAUUACUAAUAUUGUUAUUAGUAGUAUUUUCAUCAUCCACAUGAUCAUUAUGACUAUACAAACUAACAUUCCAUUAAUCUGAAAGUGAAGCCUAAUUUCCAAGUCCUGAAAACUGUCUCACUGAAACAAAACAAAUUACAAAAUUUAGCCAACUGAUGUAAAAUUCAAUAGACGAAAAUAUUCUAAAUGUGCACUUUUGUGUGAGUGUGCUAGUAUGUAUCUAUGUGUACAUAUAGAUUUUUUUUUGUAAGCAUGUGUGUGUGUAUUACUCCUACAAAUACUUUCUCUGCAUAGAAUGAAUUACUGGUAAUAUGAUAUUACGUGUUAUCUUAUAAGAGAGUCAACAUUCAAGAGUGUACUACUAAUUUCUAUCGUUUAACAUGCUACAAUAAGCACUUUGUUUUAUUUUAUACAAUUAUCAAAUGUUCACUUGAAAAGUGUAAUCUAUGCAAUGUAUUAACACUGAGUUAUCCUAGAUAGUAAAAACCCAGUGUUUACCCUCAAAAGUGAGAAUUGUUUUGUGAUUAUCUAAUCAAUUUAACCUGCUCAUCUACAAAUUUUACAUACACAUACACGUAUAUUGACAAAAUUAACUCACUAACAAAUCUUUCCGGGUGAUUAGUCUUCAGGAUAUGACUGCUGAUAUGUAUUUUAAAUUGAAAAUUGCUCAUUUGUUUAGAGUUAUGUAUCAGUUUGUUGUAUACAGACAAAAAUCAAAAUUAAUUGGAAUUAUAGUGUAUCUUUUACUGUUUCAAUUGAUUGUCAGUUACAUCAGUUCAGUGCAAGGGAUACGAUGGUUAGGUAUCUACAGAUUGCCAAAAGGUGCAGAUCAUCCAGUUGACUCAACAGCUGAACGAUUUACACCAGCUGAAUGUCAAAAAGCUGCUAAUGAACUAGGUCUUCGAAGAAGACAAAUGAGAUUCUGUUUGGAUUCACGCUUUGGUUAUGCUAUGCUUGCUGUACUCAGAGCUGCACAUGCUGUUGGUUAUCAUUGUCCAAAAACAUUUUCUGAUAGACGAUGGAAUUGUACUUCUAUUCAUCAACUGCCACAUGUAUCACCAGAGUUAAAACGAGGCACACGUGAACAAGCCAUUGUACAUGCAUUUGCCAGUGCAGUUCUAUUAUUCGAAAUUGGACGAUAUUGUGCUUUAAAUAAAAUUCGAUACUGUUCAUGUGGUGAUGAAGAUGGAGCUUACUCUACUCCAAAUUAUCCAUCAUCUCAUUCAUACACAACAAAUAACAAUCUACCUGGACAACAACAUCGACAGAAUGUAUACAGUGAUUUCUCUGGUGCAUUAGUCUACAACUCUGGUGGCAAUUCCUUAGAUCCGACUGAUACAUCGAAGUCAGGUAGUAUACCGAUGACAGAUGGUCAACCGACAGUGAGUAAAUUUUAUUGGGCUGGUUGUUCAGACAACUUACGUGUAGCUAAGGAGUACACAUCACUGUUUCUUGGUUUUCCAAAUGUACAAGUUAUGCUACCUCCACCGAUUGAGUCGGAAAAUCCUAAUGUUGAUUCAAUGCAAGAUAUGAACAGCCAAAAUCGUUAUAAAAGGUCUGCAUAUUCUUCUCAUGUUACAGAACACACUUUAUAUUCAACAGAGUAUUCGGAAGCAUCCAAAUUGCAUAUUGAUCCCUUUGUAUCAAAUUAUGCUGAUGAAGAAGAUGAUAAUGAAGACGAAGAAGGAGAAAUUGAUGACUCACAGCUAUUCCUUUUACAAAAAGAAUAUACAGAUAGACGGCGUCGGAAUUUACAUAGAUCAUGGUCAUAUCAACCAACACCACAGAAUAAUAUUUAUCCCCAGUACAAUCCAGGAAAACCAAUGUACAAUUCAUUGCAAAAUGGAAUUGAUGAAAAUAAUCGACCUAGUCAACAUUAUGCUGAUCAGAGAUGGCCACGUCGUCCUAGAUCGAGAAAUGGUAAAAAGAAAUCCGUGAUACGCACUUUGAAUCGGCACAACUACCUAGCAGGUGUUGUGUUAAUGGAAUCCAAUCAAAAAUUAGUUUGCAAGUGUCAUGGUGUAUCUGGAAGUUGUGCUCAACGUGUUUGUUUUCGUCAACUACGAAGAAUAGAUACAGAAGUAAUGCAGAAAGCAUUGAAGAUGCGAUACCUGGCAGCUAAACAAGUUUCAGAAGGUAUGAAUGGUGAUUUAAUGGCUAAAACAUUUAUUGGUAAUGGUUUCAUUGAUGAAGUGGUCAAACCUGAAGAAUUAGUAUUCAGUGAACAUUCACCGGAUUAUUGCAAUGUAGAACCUCAAAGGGGUUCAGUUGGUACAAGAGAUAGGAUUUGUACACUGAAAGAUACUGGAACCUCAAACUGCGUAAACAUGUGCUGUGGUCGUGGUUACAGAAAUGUUACGAAACGCGAAACUAUUCAAUGCAACUGUCGUAUGGCUAAUGGAUUUAAAGUUCAUUGUGACGAGUGUAAUGUUGAAACAGUAACUCAGAGGUGUUUGUGAAUAAAAACCUAUGAAAAGAAGUGGUUUAUUUCAAAACUAAAUGUUUCAGGUUAAUGAUCACAUUGUUGAGCACAAAAUUGAAAUAAGUACCAUAUGUGCAAUGUAUACAACUCAUUAAAGUUUUCUUAAAUUUCUAUACUACUUAAUUAAGUGUAAGUAAGUAACUACUAUUUGCAGUAUAAUUUAAUCAUAUCGUUCACCAUUUAUGUACAUAUUAUAAUGCUAAAUAUUGCAUGCUGAGCCAAAUACAUUUUAGUUACUGUGCUGAAAAUAUCUCAACAUAAUUCUUACUUUUUAUAAACUUAUAUCACCAGAAAUAAACGUCUACAUAAUUACAA